AAUACAAUUGUUGGGAAGAAGUGAAGUGGUUGUGGAUAAUGAUGUUGAUAACCGUAAAACAAGCUUCCCCUUCUCCCCGGUGGUGUGUUCGGCUUAAUAAUCGUCCUCUGAUACCAAAACCAUCUUCUUCUUCUUCUUCUUCUUCUAUUUGCAGAGCCACUCUCUCUGUCCGGAGAAUAUCUACCACUCAACCUCAUCUCUCUACCAGCUGUGACGUAGCGAAUUUCGACCCGUUAGGUAUUAACUCUUCUUCUUCUUCUUCUUCUACAUGGAAAAAUAUUGUGAGUUUGUUUGAGAGCUCAGAAAAACCUCGAGGAGGAGGAGUAGCAGCAGCAAUAGAGGAUAGUUCAAUUGAUUUUGGUGACUUCUUCAAAGGUCCUCUGCCAGGGAAGUUUCUUAAGCUUUUAGGGUUUCUUGCAUUGUCAAGGCUUGGUGUGUAUAUACCUCUAGGUGGAGUUAACAGAGAGGCUUUUCUUGGAAAUUUGGAUCAAAAUAGUUUGUUAAGCACUCUAGACUCCUUUUCUGGUGGUGGUAUUGGUAGACUUGGUAUAUGCUCUCUUGGUAUUGUUCCUUUCAUCAAUGCACAAAUUGUUUUUCAGCUUCUUGCUCAAGUAUAUCCUAAGUUGCAAGAUCUUCAGAAAAGAGAAGGUGAGGCUGGAAGAAAGAAAAUUCUUCAGUACACUCGAUAUGCUUCUGUUGGAUUCGCCAUUGUACAGGCGAUUGGCCAAGUUCUUUUCCUGCGUCCCUAUGUAAAUGACUUUACAACAGAGUGGGCUCUUACUUCUGUUAUCUUAUUGACACUUGGCUCCGUGAUUACAACGUACAUUGGGGAGCAAAUUACUGACCUGAAACUUGGGAAUGGAACCUCUCUUUUGAUAUUCACAAACAUUAUCUCUUACUUGCCAGCUUCGUUUGGUCGGACAUUUGCACAAGCAUUUAAUGAUGCCAACUAUGUCGGACUUGUUACCAUCAUCGUGUCCUUCUUUCUGUUGGUAGUUGGAAUUGUCUAUGUGCAGGAAGCAGAGAGAAAAAUUCCUAUUAACUACGCGUCUAGAUUCACCAGCAAAAGCGGUGGACUUGAAAAAUCUGCUUACCUACCGUUUAAGGUCAAUAGUUCUGGGGUAAUGCCUAUCAUAUUUUCUACAUCAUCGUUAGCUCUUCCUGGUACUUUAGCACGUUUCACUGGUUUAAGUGCACUAAAAAAUGCUGCAGUAGCUUUGAAUCCAGGAGGCUCCUUCUAUCUUCCAUUUAACAUACUUUUGAUAGCCUUCUUCAAUUACUAUUACACUUUCCUACAACUGGAUCCAGAUGAUGUGAGCGAACAAUUGAAACGUCAAGGUGCUUCAAUUCCACUUGUCAGACCAGGCAGAAGUACAGCUACAUUUAUUAAAACAGUUCUUAGUCGAAUAUCAGUUCUAGGUUCAACAUUUUUGGCAAUCUUGGCUGCUGGACCUGCAAUUGUUGAGCAGACUGCACACUUGACUGCAUUCCGGGGAUUUGCUGGAACAUCUAUUCUUAUUCUUGUUGGUUGUGCAACAGACACAGCAAGAAAAGUUCGAGCUGAGAUUAUAUCCCAGAAGUACAAAAACAUAGAAUUAUAUGACUUUGACAAGUAUUGACCAUUAAAUGAUUGGUUGUUUCCUUUGUCUACAGAAUUAUAGUUCAUUUUAUAUUGACUUGUAUAUAAUUUUGCAGAGCAGAGAUUUAUUUUUAUUCUAUCUGUAAUGUAAAGAUCAAUUGGAAAAUCCAUUCAGUUGUUUGCAUAGAACUAGGUUUAUCAAUCAAUGGAAAUUAUGGAUAUAAUAGGGGCAAGUCGUGGCUCGUGGCCCGGUGAUGGGGAAGAUGUUUGAACCUAUUUUGACGUUCUACAUUCUUUGUCGAUAUAAUAUUUGUAGUUAUUUGUUAACGUUGUUUAUGAAAAGUUCUUGGCAACAA